GGACUGCUUCAUACAGGCCUAUGUCAAUCGCUGCUGGAUCCUCCUGGUAAAAUGAAAACGAGGCGAGACCAGACAGAUGCGCGGUAGACUCGGAGUCUCCAACGUUUUAAAGAGAAGCUUGGCAUGUCUGGCCCCACCUGGCUCCCUCCAAGAACUCUGGGUAGCCCAGAUAGAGCCACAGCAGCAAUGUCUCACACUGGCCCUGCCCUAUACAGACCUCCUAAGAAAGUUCUACCUGACCAGAGGUCCAAAUAUAGCAUGUAUGACCAAAAUGGUGGACCAGGAGGAAAUAGUAUGCCUGUAAGAUAUAUGGCCACUGGACCCUCAGGUGGAAAUAUGCAGCACCAGCAUCAAGACGAUCGCUCAGGGUCUUCUGCCUAUCGCCCUCUGUCUCCCAACAUGGGAGAAAGAUACUACACUCCAGGCCAAGGGCCCAAGGAGGACCACCACACCUGGAGCCCCCACAUGGCCAGCCAUGAGAUUCAUAAUCGAGGAUCAGAAAAGCACAUAUCUACUAUUGAUGCAGAGAUCGACUCUCUUACUUGUAUGCUGGCUGACCUGGAUAGUCAUCCUCAGAACUCAAGCACACAGUUAUAUGACAAUGUGCCUUACAGCAAUCACCACCCCAUUGACCGCUAUAAACCACCCAACCAGAUGGUGGCGCCACCACCACCGAUCAGGCCCUCAAUGGGCUACCCUCCUCCACUCCAGAGCCAGUACCACCCCUCCCCACCUUACACAACGACACCUCAGGCAGACUAUGCUUACUCACCCUCCUCUUCAAUCCACAAACCUUACCCACAACCAGUGCCUGCCUCCUACACCACUGCCUCUACCCCCACUGGCCCACGCUUCACAGUACAGGUGAAAACUGCCCAGCCAGUGACAUACUCUCAGGGUGGGCGUCAAGCAGAGCAGGCGUACGCCCCGGCACCACCCCGUCAGCAUGCCUCUCGCCCCCCUCCGCAAGAUCGCCCAUAUUAUGAGCCACAGGGACAGGGCUGGUACCCACCUCCACCUCCUCCUGCUCAGGAACCUCAUGGAGAUCCAGCUGCCUAUAAGGGGGGGUCAGGAAAUAUGCCAGGGGGGCGAGUUGGUCAGGGACCCAUGGCAAAGAAGGGUCAAGACCAAUCAGCAUAUGAGCCUAAUAAGGGGUCAGCACAUAGGCCAGAAGAGGAGUUGGAUCGGCUCACAAAGAAGUUGGUGUAUGACAUGAAUCAUCCCCCUACUGAAGAAUAUUUUGGUAGGUGCGCUAGGUGUGGGGAUAAUGUUCUGGGAGAUGGCAGCGGCUGUAUUGCAAUGGAGCAGGUGUUUCAUGUGGAGUGUUUCACCUGCAUCACCUGCCAUGCCCGACUGAGAGGCCAGCCCUUCUAUGCACUAGACAGGAAGAGCUACUGUGAAAGCUGCUACAUAAGCACACUUGAGCACUGUUCAAAAUGCUCUGAGCCUAUCCUAGACCGAAUCCUGAGGGCUAUGGGAAAGGCCUACCACCCUCGCUGUUUCACAUGUGUGGUUUGCGGCUGUUGCCUGGAUGGAGUGCCUUUUACUGUUGAUGCCGCCUCCCAGAUUCACUGUAUCAAAGAUUUCCACAGGAAGUUUGCCCCUCGCUGCUCAGUAUGUUGUCAGCCCAUAAUGCCAGAGCCAGGGCAGGAGGAGACGGUGAGGAUUGUUGCGCUGGAUCGCAGUUUCCAUGUUAACUGCUACGUAUGUGAGGAGUGUGGUCUUCUCCUCUCUUCAGAGGGUGAGGGUAGAGGCUGCUAUCCCCUGGAUGGCCACAUUUUGUGCAAGAGCUGCAGUGCCCGGCGCAUCCAGGACCUCUCUGCCAAAAUCUCCACGGACUGCUAAUUGCUCUGUCCCGUCUCUUUGCACCCAUUCUCUGCAUAAUGGUUAUUCUUUUGAAUGUAUCACCAUCUAAAAGUUCACCACUUGGUAUUUUUUCCAUCCUUUAGACAGUUAAACGCCAAAUACCCGUGCUGAUCACACAAACAAUUUGAAGACCUCCCUCUCUGGGUUUCAUAGAGCUGUAGCUCUUGUACAUAAGAGUAAUUUCACUUGUUUUCAUAGGGAUGAAAAAAGCAAAACAGGUGGUGAAUGACAUGUGUUGGUGCUUAUUGAUUGUGUUUUAUCGUGCGUGUGCAUGUUUAUACAAAAUGGGAGUGGUUAACGGGGCUGAUGUAAACAGGGCACAUUUCUAUCUUCUGACAGACACUCACUGCCUUUAAGAGUCUUUACAACUUAAAAACACCUUCUCAUGGAUUGAUAAGAACAUUGUCUCCUCAACCAGGCACUACUAGGCUUUAACUCAGGCUGUAGUGCCUCACUUCUGCUGGCAUUUGUUCACUUCACACUAUCCCCACUGACAGACUCUCUUCUUCAUUUAUUUUAUUCUUUCAGAAACAAACUUUGAGUUUUUUUUACUUGCUCAGCGGAGAGCCUAUACACAAUAUUGACUAUUUUAACACCUAAAAUGUAUGAUCAUGAUUCUUGAAAGAUAUUAUCACACUAUGCCAUUUACUGACUUUAUUAUGAUAUGAUUUAUGUUGAAAAGGUUGGAACAUUUAACAAUGGCAGCUGUCCGUUUCUUUUUUCCCCUGCUGUUGUCCCUCCAGCCAACACAAAUGGUGUUAAUGUUAAAGAUGCUCUUUUACACUGAUUUUGGAUCACCUUUUCUCACCAUGUUUGGUUUUUAGAUGGGAAUAGUGGGUCAGUUUUACCAUGACCUAUUAAAUGAAGGAAGUCACUUGAUUAAGAUGUUAGUAGUUCUAUCUGUAGAGAAUUGGGUGCUCAUUCAACUGGCCUGUAUUAGAUCAUGUAUAAAUUUAGAUAAAUUGGAAGCCUGGAUUGAGAAGUGCUUCAAAAGGUUGGGCAGCAGAAUGGAUAUUUUUUUAAGGGAGUUAGAGAGUAGAGAGAGGAGUUCUAAGUAUUGCAGUUGAGAUUUACGGCUUUUAGGAUAGAUGAUUGAGGAAAAAUGUGACUUGUUAGGUUUAGAAUGUUUCCCAUGACCUCAAGGAAAUUAGCUGCAGGAUUGUUCCUAAAUGUUUGUUGGUAAUGACUAACAGAUGAUGAAUGAAGAAGUAUAAAGGCUUCAAGAAGGUGUAAAGUAUGUACUAGAGAAAUAUCUUGACUUUCACUUUAGAUAAUUAUUCCACAUAUCUGAUCAUACUAUUAUGCGAAUAGAUUGCAUCUGUGUUACUGACUGGAUACAUUUUUUUUAAUCUAUAACCCCCCAACAAAUUGUAUUUGUGUUUUAUUAUCUGUUACAUGUGCAAUGUCAAGCAUCCAUUACUUACUAAUGCAUUAUACAAAUAGGUUUCAAACAAGGUUGUUUGAAGAAAACAAAUAUUUACACACUAGUCUUUUGCACCAAGUUAGUUAAAAUUUUCUAGAAACUAAAAGCACAAAAUGGUUCAGGUGGUUGCAUGCUUUUAUUUAUUGAUUUUUUUCGGGAAUAUUUGUGUGAGAUUGCAUUUUAGAAUCAAUUUGGAUUAAUUGUUUGCCAUAUAUAUAUAUAUAUAUAUAUAUAUAUAUAUAUAUAAAAAAGAGUAAAUCAUUUUGCCAUUGUGGAAUAUCUGACUGUUAUUAUUUAGUUACAUUUUACAAUAAGGUUGUACUCAUUAAUAUUAGGUCACGCAACAGUUAAUGUGAAAUAACAAGGAACAAUACAUUUACAGCCUUCUUAAUCUUCAUUAAUGUUAAAUUCUAUAUAUAUACUAAUAGACUUUGACAUUAAAAGUAUACAGUAUAUGUUAACAUUUAUAAAUGCAUUAUGAACUAACUUUAGCAAACAACGAACAGUAGUAUUUAGAUAAAUUACCUUUGACAGACUGUGCUGUAAAAAAAUAUUUAAGUUUUGUUUAUUGUUGGUUCAUGAUACCUAAUGCACUAACUAAUGUUAAUUAAUGCAAACUUAUGGAAAGUGUGACCAUUAUUUUCUCAUACAUGUUACUGAACCAACAUCUUUCUGUGCUGUAUUGUGUUAUUUGCACCUUUUGGAUUUAUUUGUUGUGUUUUUGCCAAAUAGCAUAAUUUCUCCAACCUUCUCGUCAUUGUAGAAUCUUUUUAAUUGAAAAAUUACCCUAGCACAGUUUAAUACACCGCUGAUGUACUUUUAAACUGCGAGUAGACUUCAGGGCUGAAUUUGUGAGAAAUUUUUGUGGGUACAUUUAUUUUUACUCUGAUACUGAUUGUUGGAAGAAAAUGAUGUGCUUCAGAAAUGCAUCUGUUUUACUGCCUGUGUGUUGACUUCCAAAUUGUACUGACUCAUGUUCUGAUUUAUGAUCUGAUGAACUGUGAAAUAAAACAAA